UACAUUUCGAUCCCUAAUUGUGAAGAUAGAAAGACAGACAAACAGACAGACAGAAAGACAGCUGUGGCCCUCGAGCAAGUGCCUGUGCCUUUAAAUGUAAGGCUUUUGUGUGGGACUGCGGGGAACGCGUUAGUUAGACGCGAACAGAGAAAGCGCGGUCUCUGGAGGGAAACCAGACGUCUUCUGUUACUGCAAAGACACCUCGGAGUGGAGCUUUAUGAAUGUUCUGAGACUGACAAAUGACCCGGAGCGCGCAGGUUUGGGGUUCGUCGUCUGACUGGAAUGGGAGAAGUGACGCGCGCGGUCCAUCUCUCCACGCCCGCUUUCGAUUAUGCAGCAGCUGGCCUCGCCUCCUCUCUCCCAUCACUCGAACGGUGCAGGACCCGCGUGCUCGGCCGCCGGCUACCGCAAGGCAGAGGAUGAGAUGUCCGGGACCACAUCACAGGCGGACCCGGUAGAUGCCACAGCGCGGACCGUGCUGCUCAACCGAGCCCAGACCACCAAAUAUUGUGACAACCAUGUCAGCACGGCUAAAUACGGGAUCCUUACCUUCCUGCCUCGCUUCCUUUAUGAGCAGAUCAGGCGAGCGGCUAAUGCUUUUUUCCUCUUCAUCGCUCUUAUGCAGCAAAUCCCUGAUGUCUCUCCGACGGGUCGCUACACGACUCUGGUGCCUCUUAUCUUCAUUCUGACAGUAGCAGGAAUCAAGGAGAUCAUUGAGGAUUAUAAAAGGCAUAAAGCAGACAACACGGUGAACAAGAAGAAGACAACAGUUCUGCGUAAUGGAGCGUGGCAGACCAUCAUAUGGAAGCAGGUGGCAGUGGGAGACAUAGUCAAGGUGACCAAUGGGCAGCAUCUCCCGGCUGACAUGGUCAUAGUGUCCUCCAGUGAACCUCAGGCAAUGUGUUACACUGAAACGUCCAACUUGGAUGGAGAGACCAACUUAAAGAUCAGACAGGGUCUCUCUCUGACAGCUAGUUUUCAGUCUCUGGAGGAUCUGAUAGCUCUGUCGGGUCGUCUUGAAUGUGAGGGUCCAAACAGACACUUGUACGACUUCACUGGAACACUACGCUUAGACAACCACAACCCAGCUCCUCUUGGGCCAGACCAGGUGCUGUUACGAGGUGCUCAGCUCAGGAACACGCAGUGGGUUGUGGGAAUUGUAGUUUACACUGGACAUGAUUCAAAACUUAUGCAGAAUUCCACUAAAGCUCCACUGAAGCGCUCUAAUGUGGAGCGGGUGACAAACGUGCAGAUCCUGGUUCUGUUCGGGAUUCUCCUGGUCAUGGCACUGGUCAGCUCUAUUGGUGCCGCCAUAUGGAACAAACAGCACACGGAUGAAGCCUGCUGGUACCUUUCCAGAGCAGGUGACAUCUCCCUCAACUUUGCCUACAAUCUAUUGACCUUCAUCAUCCUCUAUAACAACCUGAUUCCCAUCAGCCUUCUGGUCACACUAGAAGUGGUUAAAUUCACACAGGCUCUCUUCAUCAACUGGGAUGUUGAGAUGUAUUACGCUGAGACUGACACUCCCGCAAUGGCUCGAACGUCCAAUCUAAAUGAAGAACUCGGCCAAGUAAAAUAUCUAUUUUCAGAUAAAACCGGCACUCUCACCUGCAACGUCAUGCACUUUAAGAAGUGCACGAUAGCUGGAAUUACAUACGGGCACUUCCCAGACCUGGACUGCGAUCGAUCCAUGGAGGACUUCAGUCAUCUUCCCUCUACAAGUCAUAAUUCUACUGAGUUUGAUGAUCCCGCUUUAAUCCAGAACAUUGAGAAGAACCAUCCCACAUCACCGCAGAUUUGUGAGUUUUUGACCAUGAUGGCUGUUUGUCAUACUGUUGUUCCUGAGCGAGAAGAUAACCAAAUUAUCUACCAAGCUUCCUCACCAGAUGAAGGAGCGCUGGUAAAAGGUGCCAAAAGUCUGGGCUUUGUUUUUACUGCACGAACGCCACAUUCAGUCAUCAUAGAUGCGAGGGGAAAAGAGCAGACAUAUGAGCUUCUUAAUGUACUGGAGUUUUCCAGCAAUCGCAAACGGAUGUCAGUGAUUGUUAGAACACCUACAGGCAAUCUUCGACUUUAUUGCAAGGGAGCGGACAAUGUGAUUUUUGAGCGCCUGAACGUGACGUCACAGUAUAAGGAGCUGACCGUAGCUCAUCUUGAGCAGUUCGCCACCGAAGGAUUGAGGACACUGUGUUUUGCAUAUGUGGAUCUUGAGGAGGGAGCCUAUCAGGAAUGGCUGAAGGAGUACAAUCGUAUCAGCACUGUGUUAAAGGACCGAGCGCAGAAACUGGAGGAGUGUUACGAACUCAUAGAGAAGAACCUCCUGCUUUUGGGUGCCACUGCGAUUGAAGACCGGCUGCAAGCAGGAGUCCCAGAAACCAUCGCAACACUCAUGAGAGCCGACAUCAAGAUCUGGGUUUUGACCGGAGACAAACAGGAGACGGCCAUCAAUAUCGGUUACUCCUGCAGGCUGGUUUCACAUGGCAUGUCCCUCAUCAUAGUCAAUGAAGAUUCCCUGGAUGCGACCAGGGCCACGCUGACGGCUCACUGCUCCUCUCUGGGUGACUCUCUGAGGAAGGAGAACGAGUUGGCGCUCAUCAUAGACGGACAGACGCUCAAAUAUGCCCUCUCUUUUGAAGUACGGCAGGCUUUCCUGGACCUUGCGCUGUCCUGUAAGGCCGUCAUCUGCUGCAGAGUUUCACCGUUACAGAAGUCAGAGAUUGUGGACAUGGUGAAAAAGCAUGUAAAGGCCAUAACGCUGGCGAUCGGAGAUGGAGCCAACGAUGUGGGCAUGAUACAAACAGCACACGUGGGAGUGGGCAUCAGUGGGAAUGAAGGCAUGCAGGCCACUAACUCAUCUGACUACUCCAUAGCUCAGUUCUCAUACCUGGAGAAGCUUUUACUGGUUCAUGGGGCUUGGAGUUACAACCGCGUCACUAAAUGUAUCCUGUACUGUUUCUAUAAGAACGUGGUCCUGUAUAUUAUAGAGCUUUGGUUUGCGUUUGUAAACGGUUUCUCUGGUCAGAUCCUGUUUGAACGGUGGUGCAUUGGCCUGUACAAUGUGAUCUUCACCGCUCUCCCUCCUUUCACACUCGGGAUCUUUGACCGGCCGUGCAGCCAACAGAACAUGAUACGAUUCCCUCAGCUCUAUCGCAUCACGCAAAACGCAGAAGGUUUUAACACCAAGGUCUUUUGGGGUCACUGUAUAAAUGCUCUCAUUCACUCCAUUAUUCUCUUCUGGUUUCCACUUAAAGCCUUGGAGCACGACACUCCUUUCGACAACGGCAACAGUGUGGACUACCUGUUCGUGGGGAACAUCGUCUACACGUAUGUCGUGGUAACUGUAUGUCUGAAAGCUGGUAUGGAGACCACAGCAUGGACAAGGUUUUCUCAUCUGGCUGUAUGGGGCAGCAUGGUGCUUUGGAUGCUGUUUUUUGCCGUCUAUUCUGCGAUCUGGCCAACUAUUCCUAUAGCUCCGGAUAUGUUGGGCCAGGCUGGACGGGUGAUGCAGUGCUGGAGCUUCUGGCUGGGUCUGAUUCUGGUACCAACAGCAUGUUUGCUCAAAGACGUGGUGUGGAAUGCAGGAAGACGUACAGUGAGGAAGACUCUACUGGAGGAGGUCCAGGAGCUAGAGGCGCGGGCUGUGGACCCCGGAGCAGCCGUUCUCAGAGAUGCCAGCGGCCGCAGUCUGAACGAGCGUGCCCACCUGCUGACACGGGUCUUCAGAAAAACGCCUUCCAGUGUGGGACGCUCCAACUCUGUGCAGCAGACCGUGUCACAUGGAUAUGCGUUCUCACAGGAGGAGCAUGGUGUGGUCUCUCAGUCGCAGGUCGUCCGCUCCUAUGACACCACCCGCCAGCGGCCCAGUCUGUAGCUGUGGCCCUACUGCAACAGCUGCUGGAGACUUUAACCACACACCUGUGCUGGGUGAUCCCGUGCUGAGGCCUUUAAGCUGAAUAUAAACUGAACUGGGCACAGCUACCGCAAACACCGGCCGAGCUACAUAACACACCGCCUCCCGAUGAGGCCAGAGGGAGCGGAUUUACUGAAAAAAAACAAAACGCAGGGUUGGGGUGGGCGGGCAUAUUCACACACUGAAACGGCCAGUUGAAAUGCACUACACAUGAGAUGAACGGACUGGCAAACGGAGCCAAGUAGCAUCCAGAAGUGGAAACCAGAGACAAUGGUGUCUGUAUAACCAUUCGCGAGUCACAAAUCUGCUUCAUUUGGUUCUAUAUGGUGUGGGUGCGUGAUUGCAUCUGCACGCUCAUAUAUAUCGAGAAGGAUGCGCGUAUGGCUUCUUUGUUGCACUCGCUCUUUAGGGGGGGGCUCAUGCUGUCAUGCUUCUCGGUGUGUCUGCAUGUGUGUGUUUUUGUUGAGUCCCGGCGUCUGCAUCUCCAGAGAUCGGAGUUUGGCGUGUCCGUCAUCACCACAUCGAUGCAGGAGGGGAGGCCACUCAAAACAAACACCAAACACCCACCCACAUAUAUACACAGAUUGGAGGAAUGCCCAUUGCAGACCUGAGAUGGGGGAGGAGUGGCUUGGAGAUGCAGGAGACACACACACACACGCAUGCACACACAUGCAUGCACCGUUACCAUCCAGCAAGGCUGCCAAAACACACAGCGAUUCCUCUGAGGCAGAACCCCCACCUUGCAGCAUGGAGCUUCCCAGCUUACCACACACACACAAAUACACCUUCUUCUCUGUCUCAGCUAAUCUUAAUGGCGGUCUCUGUAUCUUAGAGCUCAUGUUCCUCCUUCUGUCUCUUUCUUUCCAGAUCAGCAAUCUCCGUGUCUCCUUGUUCUCUUGGUCUAGUUAUCCUUUCAUUCGCUCACUGUUUCAUUCGGUGGUUGCUGUGGCUCACAGCUGUGGCUUUGCUUUGUCCGCUUUCACUCAACCUGUCAGGUUUCUGGACUGUUUUGUCAAAUAAACUGGACUUGUGACUCAGUGUCAUUCUCUUUUUAAA